UGUCAGCAAUCCCUCAUAUAAUCUCUGAGUCUAACCAACAUACCCAUACACGUGGUUCAACAAUUCCUUCUUUAUAAUAAAAAAAUAUCCUGCUGUUUGUGAACUGACAAAAAGAAAAAAUGUGCAGUUUGGUAGACGGUUUUCAUGGCGACGAAUUUCUACAAGAGCAGCAAACCGAUCCUGGUAAUCUAUGUGAGUUGAAGUGUCAGAAAUGCAAUGUGGGAAAAGCUGAGGUGACACUGAGAAGAAAGGAUAACUACUGCAAUGGAUGCUUCCUGAUCAGUGCAACCCAUAAAUUUCGAGCAACUCUUGGAAAAUCGAAAAUCGUGAGGCCUAACGAUACAAUCCUUGUUGGACACAAUGGAAAAGCAGGAUCAACAGCUCUACUUAAUUUAAUUAAGGCAGGAAUGCACGAAGCAGUGCACAAACGUUUGGUUUUCGGGACCAAAGUUCUUUACAUCGAUGAUGGACUCAUUAAAGGACAGAGCCCAGAAGAAAGAGAAUGUAAAAUGCGAAAAAUACACGAACAAAUUGAGGACCUAGGGUUUGAAGUUUACGGGACGUCACUCAGUGCUGCCAUGGAUCUUGAGAGUUUUUCAGUCUCACCCCUGAACAACCUGAGUUGUUCAAAUGAUGACAAAGACAAAAGACUCUCCGCAAUAUGGAAUGAAUUGGCAGACGAAACCUCCAGGAAAGACUUUCAACAAAAGCUACGAAACAAAGUUAUGAUGAUGGCUGCUAAGAACCUCAAGUGUCAAAAGAUCUUUCUCGCUAGUGAUUCAACUUUCCUGGCAAUAACAAUCUUGAGCGAUGUUUCAUUGGGAAGAGGCGCCCAGUUGGCGUCAGACUGUGGAUUUAUCGAUAACAGAUAUGCUGAUGUGAUGAUACUGCGACCUAUGCGAGAAUUCAAUCGCCGGGAACUCUAUUAUUACCUGAAAAUAUGUAAUCGAAGCUGUAUAGAAGAGGAAAAAUUGAAAGACAAUGAACACUCUUCGAUCCAAAAGCUGACCGAAAAGUUUGUUACGGGUUUGGAAGAUAAGUUCAGUGGUACAGUAUCCACGAUUUUUAGGACUGGUGAAAAAAUUGUCGUUGGAAAACGAAAUUCUAAAGACAGUGCUUCAACAGAAGGAGAUUGUGCAUUUUGUAAUGGUUGUCUAGACACAGCUGCCCUUGCUGAUUGCACUUCCAGCAUUGAUGCCACGAGUUUUUCGAAAACAGUGUCCUUGAAGAGUUCAAACGCUGAAUGGGAUUUGGAAAAAUUAAUGCAACAACCAGAAAGCAAUAGUGUAGAUACACAAGAACAUGGGUGUGCGGAUUGUACAUGUGGACGUACUAAACCGAAAGAAAAUAACAUUACAUACGAUGAAGUGAAACAAUUUUUGUGCUAUGCCUGUCAAUCAAUUUUUCACGAUAAUUUUGAUUUGAACACUCUACCUCCCUUCGUGAUAAACUCUAUCAGUGAAAAGUUACGUUUACAAAGUAUUGCCGACGAAAUUCGGGACUUUCUUUUAUGAGUAUAUCGAACUGGUAAAAAUAAAAGAUGAAAGAAUAACGAA